GGACAGAGAUCGCACGAAUCAAAAGUGCCAUCUUGAUUGCGGGUGGAAAAGAAUUAAGAGUGUUUACACGUCAGUCGAUCCGGUUUUCCGUGGAAGCUCUGGAAAAUUUUCUCUUCCCGAACAAUUUCGGGGCCGCUGGUUGUCCGUGGAAUUUGGCAAAAGACGAGGAUAAUUUGCAGCCCGUUUGUGAGAUUUUUUUGUGUCGGAAAUUGUUUCCGGUUUGGUGCAGUUGGCUAAUUUAAUUUUGGGUGCUGUAAGUUGAAAACUUUGCUGACGAUGAAUAUUUUCCGAUUGGCCGGUGACUUGUCACAUCUUUUGGCAAUAAUUUUACUGCUGAUAAAAAUAUGGAAGUCGCGAUCAUGCGCCGGCAUUUCCGGCAAAUCACAGAUCCUGUUUACCGUUGUCUACAUCAGUCGCUAUCUGGAUCUGGUCACGACAUUCAUCAGUGUGUACAACACCUGUAUGAAGUUGGUCUUCAUCAGCUCCUCAGUUGCCACCCUGUAUCUGAUGUACGUGAAGUUUAAGGCCACCUACGACCACAAUCACGAUUCGUUCCGUAUCGAGUUCCUGCUAGUCCCGUGCUUCAUCUUGUCCCUGUUGAUAAACGCCAGUUUCACACCGCUGGAAGUUUUGUGGACCUUUUCGAUUUACCUAGAAGCGGUGGCCAUCCUGCCGCAACUGUUCUUGGUUAGCAAAACAGGCGAAGCCGAGAGCAUUACCAGCCACUAUCUGUUUGCCCUGGGAUCGUACCGUGCGUUGUACUUGCUGAACUGGAUCUAUCGGUACUAUGCCGAGGGACACUAUGACUUGAUUGCGAUCUUUGCCGGAGCCAUCCAAACGAUCCUGUAUUGCGAUUUCUUCUAUCUCUACAUCACCAAGGUACUGAAGGGAAAGAAGCUGCAGCUGCCGGCGUAAAUUGUGUCCACCUGGCGUAGUAAUCUGAAGAGGUUAAAUCCUCCGAAUCAAUGGAACCGUAAUCCACACCAACAAAACAUAGAAAUCCAAGCGGAGGCGCCGUAUAAGAAACAUUUCAGAAGUUGUAAUCGAUUGAGCAGAUGUGGAUACGAGCGAGUUCAGAUAUGAUUGAGCAAUGGGGAGAUUCUGGUAGAAUUGCAACAGAUUAAAGUCUAAACAAAAUCAAGCAUUAGUAGUUUGUAGAAGCGUACUGCGAACAGAAAAAAAUGAUGGAAAAUGUUCUUAUAAUUACAAUUUUUUUCCAAUAAACGAGAAGAAAGUCAAUAAAAAAGAACCUUAUCUAAUAACUUAACGAAUCGUGGGAUGGAGUUGAUACAAUUUAUGUUUGAUUACAAUAAACCAACGGUUGAACCGAAUGAUGCACGUACGUGUCUCUUAGAUUUAAAAGAAAACCAGCAGAAGUAAAUAAACGCUAGCGUUUAGUAUUAUCAAUAUUGUAUCCAAACAAUCGACAGAUCAAGUUAAAUUUUUCAAACCCGCGUCAAAUAGCAGUAGAAACAUCAUGCAUCAACGAACACAGUUUUGAAAUGGAUUUUUUUUUCGAUCGUUUAAUGCAUCUUCAUUGUUUUUAGAAGAUGAUUUCCGAAUAAUAACAGUAGCUAUCGAGACGCUCGAUAAUCUAUUGCACUUAAAUGUAAUUAAAUGAAAUAGGUGUUUUAUUAGUUCAGAGAAUCAAUAUUUGAGUUCGACUUGAAACUGUACGGUUAAAUUUUACUAGUUCAAUAGAGGUCGCGAACAAAGGUGUACUAAGGAAAUAUGACAAAUUUAGAGAUCUGCAUUCCUGAAGCAAUUUGUGUAAAUGCGUUGGAAAUUCACAAAACAACUCUGUUUUUUUCUAUCAUAAGUUUUAUUCAAAAAUUUAAACGCCUGGUAUUUGAACAAAAUACUCAGAAAAAAAAAUUCAAUCAAUUAGCUGAGUAUCAUCUAAUCGACUUUUAGUUGAUCAAAAUUGAUUACAUUCAUCAAAGAAAAUUGCGAAGACUUUCGCGGUCAAUCGGGAGAGCAGUUCUGGAGUGACAACUAUUUAAAGAGUUAAAAUUUGAUCAGCAAACCAACAGUCAUAAUAAAACACCUAUUUAAACAGUUCUACUCCCCUUCAAUGCCUAGCUGUCCCCUGAAGAUUAGAUUAAGAUUCAUUACACAGGGGACAAUUAUGCGUUACAGUAGUAAAUACAGUUGCAAAAAAACUAAUGUAUUUUGUUCGAGAAAAAGCUGUUAUAGCGGGCGUACUAAAUAAUAGCAAACGGACAGCAUUUGCGGUCACGUUCUUCCUCAGAGACCUCGAAGAACCAAAAAGAAAACAUAUGCUACAUAUAUACAAAAAAUAGAAAAAAGAGUGAGGAAUGUAAUGUGACGCUGAGGUAGAUUAUAAACAACAUUGUAUGUUUUGAUCGCUAUUUCUCGGAAGAAACCGCUGGCCAAUAUUGUGCCACUGUUCCAGUUGAUAGCAAUGCUUUUUACUAGCGACUUUUUGUUUAAAUUUAGAGCGUCGUUUUCCCGGAGGAUUGCAUUUUUCUGCUGUGCAUCACCUUGGACGGUGAUGGCACAAAUACCUAGUGUCUGAUUGGCUAAUGGUGAAGAUUCUUAUUUGAAUUGUAGCUCUUUUUAUUCUUAGUACUUUCGAAAUGUUUAACUUUAAUUUGUAGUAGUUUGUUUAGAAAUGUAAGGCCGAAAGAAAUGCCAAGAUUUUAUUCGCUAUAAACGGCGAAAGCGAAAUCAACGAGACGGCAUGGUUUGUAUUUUUCUCUGUUCAUGCUGCAAAGAUUAAUAUAAAAUUAACACUACAAAAACAAACUAAAAGGAAUGCUAACUAAAAGCUCUUAUAUUCUUCUAUUCCUAAUCUAAACUUUUACUGCUACUGGUAAAUUAGAGGAACUAAGAAUAAUGGUAAAACAAUAAGAUACACAAAUAUACAUAAAAAUGUAGAAA